AGUCACCAACUCCCUACCUUCAAUCAAGGAUGCUCUAUCAACCUAGGCAGAUAUUCUCAUUAUAGGUCAAAGCAGAAACAACAGGAAUUUGAUCAGGAUUCAUGUCAUUCAAUCAUUCAAACCUCAAUCGAAUAUAAUCAACUCAUAGAAUCAGUACUUGGGUUCAUACAAUCAGACCUAACAUACAAAUCUAGGGUUCUCCAUACCCAGAUGAAUGGGAGAACUACUCCAUGGAGAAAGAAGCAAAAGCAGAAUCAGACGCGGAAUUCAUACUGUGAAGGAUGGAUUCCUGCUUCUGGACGUUGAUCGGCACUUCUCCAAGCUCAAGCCAAGCUCCAAUGGUGAUGAAGAUCAAGCUAGGGCACUUGGAGACUCUUGUUCGUCGCUUUCUCUCUCUUGGAAUGGUUCUAUCUCUCUCAAACUUGAAUCCCCUUAUCUUUUGGCUGAAAUCUGCUUAAAAGGGCAUCACUGGGCAAAGCACGGUCGAGGGCACGGCCGUGCUUUGCUCCAGCCCGCCCGUGCUUUGGCUAGGGUUAAUUACACGGCCAGCCUGUUGGGAGAAACACGGCCGUGCUUUUGGGUGGACACGACCGUGCUUUGGUGGACACGGCCGUGUAAUUUCUCAGCCCUGCCCGUGUUUGCAGCUCGUUUUUGCCAAACUCAAAUCAGCUCUCGGCAGUAAAAGCACGGCCUAGGAACACGGCCGUGCUCUGCUUUGGGUGUGCCCGUGUUUUGGCUCCAGCUCCACCGAAUGACUUCCGAAUGCCCCGAAACUCGUGCUUAGCCUUUCCUUUGACGCCUGGGACCUGAAAUAUGACAAAAUAGCAUAACCCGGCGUAAAAUAGGCCAAAAAUACACGACUAUGCCCCUCAAACGGAUAAGAACUAGGGGUGCAAACACGUGCAAUAUAUCGUUAUCAGUGGUUCUGGAAGAAAUUGUGCAGUGUUUGCGGGAAUCAUGUGGGUUUUAGUAUUCGAUUCGUAGGUCGGGAUAGCAAUAGGGUAGCCCAUGCGGUGACUAGAAAGGCCCUUACUUUGUAUCCGGCUCCUUGUCGAUUGUUUGAUUUUCAGGUCUGGCUUCGAUCCAGGAUGUAACUAUCUUAUUUUGUUGAAUCAACAUAUGAUUAUCUU